AAAGCUGAUAAUAGUGAUAUAGCGGGACACGGCUAAAACUGGAGUUGACCUGCUCGUGGUGAACUGGGGUCUCAUGCAUGAACCGAGACAACCGAAAGUCUCUAACAAAUCAUUGUCCCGGACUUAGACUAUAUACGUCAAGACUUUGGCCGUCGUCAGUUUUCUAUGCAUGGACCCGACGUGCGACUACGACAACGAAGUUCGAGACUUCAGCACGAUUGUGACAUUGUCACAGCGUUCGCUGUAUAAUUUAUAAAACUGAAACAGUUUCUAACUACGUGUAAAGAGUACUGAUUUUUUGGUUUUCUGCAAAGAUCCCUGCUGUACAUGUAGGCAACAGCCAGUAAGAUGACGAGAGGGGAGUUCACUCCGUCGGACCUGGAUUCAGUUUUGAAUGUGAUCGGCUUGUCGCCACCAGAUCCACUCGAUACAUUUGGAGAGAUGUGGUACCAGGUGUUUCUGUGGGCGUUGUUCUCGUCCAUGCUGUUCCAUAUCAUCGCAGCACUCAUCGCCUUCUGUCGACUCCGCAAACACACCAUCGGACGCUGGAUGCCCGUCGCUAUAUUGGUCAUGGGUGUGUUGUCUCCCUUGACAGGGGGAGUGGUCACAAGUGCAGUUAUUGCGGGUGUGUUCCGAGCAUCAGAUUUCGUCAUGAUGCCGUUUUACGCUCUGGUGUGGGGACUGGGACAAACCAUUGUCGUAAUGUUUAUCUCAUUUACAAGAAUACUGGCCACCUUGUGACACAACAGUUCCUGUAAUGCACUCGAGUGGGGGCAAACCAUCGUCGUCACGUUUUUUCUCACUUGUAAUAAGAAUAUUGGCCACCUUAUGACACAACAGUCCAAGAAGACAGAGAUUGUGUCCAUUGAAGUUUCUUUAAUGACACCGCCAGCUCAUUGUUUACUCAGUGGCUGUUGGAUGUUGGACACACGGUCAUUGUGACACUUAUUCUAAAUUUUAAAAAAUGUCCGACACCCCAGCACAUUGAAUAAUCAACAGUUAUUGGAUGCUAGACACAAGGCCAUUGUGACACUUGUUCUAAAUAAAAAAGAAUGUACGACACCCCAGCACAUUGAAUAAUCAACCGUUAUUUGACAUCCCAGCACAUUGGUCUGCAAAUGGGUCCACAAUGGGAAACACUGAAUACAUGUCCUGUUACAUCUCAGAUGGACUCUCGGAUUGUAUGUGAAUGACACUGUGUGACAUUGUGUCAUUUACAAUAGGAUAGUGGUGCCAUUGUCAUUGUGUGCAGUUCGACAAAAGCAGAACAUGUACACAGUCUCACAAUACCAUUGCUAACUGUGUACCUGCUAUUCUCCAGUCUUGGAGAGAAAAAAAAGGAAUGUCUGACAACACCCCAGCACAUUGUUACAUCAGUAGCUAUUAGACAAAAUUAUGACACGAUCUGGAGAAUUAGCCUGUUUGCUGCUGCCACACCCAAGACUGCACUAUUCAACGCUUCUCACCUGGACGCAAGAUUACUUACGUGCAGGCAGGGCAGUACACAUCUGUAUCAUGAUCUGAUACACUAGUACUAAGCGUGACUUGUUGUCAUUUACCAGCACAGUACAUAAUUAUGUCCUGAUACACUAGAACUGAGCAUGACUUGUUGUCAUUUACCAGCACAGUACAUAAUUAUGUUCUGAUACACUAGUACUCAGCAUGACUUGUUGUCAUUUACCAGCACAGUACAUAAUUAUGUUCUGAUACACUAGAACUGAGCAUGACUUGUUGUCAUUUACCAGCACAGUACAUAAUUAUGUUCUGAUACACUAGAACUGAGCAUGACUUGUCAUUUACCAGCACAGUACAUAAUUAUGUUCUGAUACACUAGUACUGAGCAUGACUUGUUGUCAUUUACCAGCACAGUACAUAAUUAUGUUCUGAUACACUAGUACUGAGCAUGACUUGUUGUCAUUUACCAGCACAGUACAUAAUUAUGUUCUGAUACACUAGUACUCAGCAUGACUUGUUGUCAUUUACCAGCACAGUACAUAAUUAUGUUCUGAUACACUAGAACUGAGCAUGACUUGUCAUUUACCAGCACAGUACAUAAUUAUGUUCUGAUACACUAGAACUGAGCAUGACUUGUUGUCAUUUACCAGCACAGUACAUAAUUAUGUUCUGAUACACUAGUACUCAGCAUGACUUGUUGUCAUUUACCAGCACAGUACAUAAUUAUGUUCUGAUACACUAGAACUGAGCAUGACUUGUCAUUUACCAGCACAGUACAUAAUUAUGUUCUGAUACACUAGAACUGAGCAUGACUUGUCAUUUACCAGCACAGUACAUAAUUAUGUUCUGAUACACUAGUACUGAGCAUGACUUGUUGUCAUUUACCAGCACAGUACAUAAUUAUGUUCUGAUACACUAGUACUGAGCAUGACUUGUUGUCAUUUACCAGCACAGUACAUAAUUAUGUUCUGAUACACUAGUACUCAGCAUGACUUGUUGUCAUUUACCAGCACAGUACAUAAUUAUGUUCUGAUACACUAGAACUGAGCAUGACUUGUCAUUUACCAGCACAGUACAUAAUUAUGUUCUGAUACACUAGAACUGAGCAUGACUUGUUGUCAUUUACCAGCACAGUACAUAAUUAUGUUCUGAUACACUAGUACUCAGCAUGACUUGUUGUCAUUUACCAGCACAGUACAUAAUUAUGUUCUGAUACACUAGAACUGAGCAUGACUUGUCAUUUACCAGCACAGUACAUAAUUAUGUUCUGAUACACUAGAACUGAGCAUGACUUGUCAUUUACCAGCACAGUACAUAAUUAUGUUCUGAUACACUAGAACUGAGCAUGACUUGUCAUUUACCAGCACAGUACAUAAUUAUGUUCUGAUACACUAGAACUGAGCAUGACUUGUCAUUUACCAGCACAGUACAUAAUUAUGUUCUGAUACACUAGAACUGAGCAUGACUUGUCAUUUACCAGCACAGUACAUACUUAUGUUCUGAUACACUAGUACUCAGCAUGACUUGUUGUCAUUUACCAGCACAGUACAUAAUUAUGUUCUGAUACACUAGUACUCAGCAUGACUUGUUGUCAUUUACCAGCACAGUACAUAAUUAUGUUCUGAUACACUAGAACUGAGCAUGACUUGUCAUUUACCAGCACAGUACAUAAUUAUGUUCUGAUACACUAGUACUCAGCAUGACUUGUUGUCAUUUACCAGCACAGUACAUAAUUAUGUUCUGAUACACUAGUACUCAGCAUGACUUGUCAUUUACCAGCACAGUACAUAAUUAUGUUCUGAUACACUAGUACUAUGUAGGAUCCAGGGCUAGCUCUGCCACUCGCCAAAUUUGCCAAUUUAAGCUUUUUUUGGCAUAUAAUAAUUUUCACAAAAUAGACUGGAUUUGAUCGGAAAUGCCAUUGUAUAAAUAUUUUAAGUUUUAAAAGAUAUUUUCAGCUUUUAUUUUGAAAUAGGUAUCAGUUCACUGAUUUUAGGAAUAAUUGGCGAAUUUUAUUUUAAUUUGGCAAAAACAUUUAAACUAAUAAUUGAUGUUUGGUUGGAAAAUAACUGGGUUUUGCAUUUUUUUUUUUUUUAGAUAAUUUGGUAAAAUGUUUUGCUCACCCAGAGCUAGCCGUGGGAUCUGUUGUCACAUUAGCAUGAAAGUGUACACGACAACAUUAGGUAAACAAGUACCACCUUUGACGUGUUGUUCUGCAUGAAAGUGUACACGACAACAUUAGGUAAACAAGUACCACGUUUGACGUGUUGUCACAUUAGCAUGAAAGUGUACAUGACAACAUUAGGUAAACAAGUACCACCUUUGACGUGUUGUCACAUUAGCAUGAAAGUGUACAUAACAACAUUAGGUAAACAAGUAUCACCUUUGACGUGUUGUUCUGUAUGAAAGUGUACACGACAACAUUAGGUGGUAAACAAGUACCACCUUUGACGUGUUGUUCUGCAUGAAAGUGUACACGACAACAUUAGGUAAACAAGUACCACCUUUGACGUGUUGUUCUGCAUGAAAGUGUACACGACAACAUUAGGUAAACAAGUACCACCUUUGACGUGUUGUUCUGCAUGAAAGUGUACACGACAACAUUAGGUAAACAAGUACCACCUUUGACGUGUUGUUCUGCAUGAACGUGUACACGACAACAUUAGGUAAACAAGUACCACCUUU